GAGGGCGCCCACACCCCGCCCCCGCCCCGGAUCCGCCGCGGAGAGCGCGGCCCGCGCGGCGCAGACCGGCCCGGCCACUCUCGGGGCUGGCAGCCAGGACGCGUCGCCGGCCGCGGAGUGCGCCCGGGACCCUCGCCCGGGUCGCCGCCCGAGGAGGUCUCCACUCCUGGCCAGGAGACAGCUGCCCACCUCUGAGACCCAUCUCGUGCCUGCUGUCUGCGGCUGCUUCCCAGGGCCGGGAGCCGGGCUUCAGGAAAACAGCUCCGCAUUGAGGACAGCGCCUCAGGAGAGCCACGUGGCAGCACUGGGUCCCCACCCACCAGCCAGAGCAAGGAGCUGACAGGGGGCCCCCUACCCGGCCCCAGGUGGCAUGGACUGGCAGUCCUGAGCAGCCAGAGCGGAUGCCCGGCCCCCAGGGGGGCGGAGCCCCCACCAUGAGCCUGGGCAAGCUGUCACCCAUGGGCUGGGUGUCCAGCUCCCAGGGGAAGAGGCGACUGACUGCAGACAUGAUCAGCCCCCCACUCGGCGACUUCCGCCACACCAUGCACGUGGGGCGCGGUGGGGACGUCUUUGGGGACACCUCCUUCCUCAGCAACCAUGGUGGGAGCUCCGGAGGCACCCACCGCUCACCUCGCAGCUUCCUGGCCAGGAAACUGCAGCAGGUGCGGAGGGUCCGAGUCCCGGCCAGGAGGAUGGCCUCGCCCCCUGCCCCGUCGCCGGCUCCCCCCGCCAUCUCGCCCAUCAUCAAGAACGCCAUCUCCCUGCCCCAGCUCAACCAGGCCGCCUACGACAGCCUGGUGGUGGGCAAGCUCAGCCUGGACAGCAGCCCCGCCAGCUCUGUGGAUGGACGCUCGGCUUACGGCCUGGACUCUGGGUUCUGCACCAUCGCCCGCCUGCCGCGCCUGGAAAAGCCCAGCGAGCAGGACCCAGAGCCAUCCUUCCCCUGUGAGCCGCAGCUGCGCCGCUCUGACUCUCUCUUGUCCUUCCGCCUUGACCUUGACCUCGGGCCUUCGCUCCUCAGCGAGAUGCUGGGGGUCAUGAGCCUCUCAGAAGCCCCUGCAUCUGAGACCCCGGCCCCCGCUGCCAAUCCCCUGACUGCUUCCACGAACCCCUCGGCCCCUGCUGCAAAUCCCUCUGCCCCUUCUGCAAACUCCCAGGCCCGUGCUGCUCGGCCCCCACCCCAUGGACAUUUCCCCAAUGGGAUGACUGCUGGGUUGGGCCCAGGAGCUGAGGUGAGGGCCGGCCUGGUGGGAGAGGGGCCCGGGGCACCGGCUGAUGGCAGGCACUGGGGGGCCAGCCGGGGUGGAGCCCAGGGCAUCCGCCACUACUUGGAGGUAGAUGCCCAGCGGGAGCCCACGGAGGUGCCGCUCCAGGCCCAGGGCUCCUGGGAGAGCCUGGAGGAAGAGUGGAGGGCACCCCAGGCAGGCAGCAGGGCCCCUGUGCCCAGCUCAGUGCAGGCCAACACCUUCGAGCUCGCAGAUGCUGAGGAUGAUGAGGUGAAGGUGUGAGGGCAGGCUCAGGACCCGCCAGGUGACAGAUGGGGGCGGCCAAGUGUCCCCAAAGCUUGCUCCUCUGCUGCAGGGAAGACCCGGGAGGGAAGAUGGGGACGCUGUCCCGGGCCCAGUGGCCCGCCUGACUCUGGGCUCCAUCCAUGCCACCCCCACAGGCUGGAGGGCGCCUCAGUGUGGCCUUUGUGCCCAGGGAAGCUGCCCUUGGGGUGGGGGUGGGGACCUGACCACACAAGGCCAUUGUCUUCUCUUCCAGUCCAGUGCCUGCCCCCAGCUCCUUCAGGGCUCCCCCCAUGUCCCUGAGCCCCGCCCAAGCUGUCUCCCCAGCACUUUCUCUCAUGUUCCCCAAGUCUCACAGAAAGGUCAGCUGGGACCCUCCUGUGUCACCAGACCUGCUGCUGGGGCUUGAUUAAAGGCUUUUUUUUUUUGGAUAAAA